AAUAGUAUUAAAUAGAUCAAGCGACAACGAUGCAGCUGGCCCUACUUUGGUUGGUGUCCGUAGCGACGAUCGCCAAAUCCGUCGACCCCACUUGCGAUUUGGAUUUCGAUCUUGUGCGAGAGAUACACUCCUACCAGCCGAUCGUGGAUAAAAUCGUGGAUACUCUAACCCAAGGCGAUUUCAAGGGCCGAGCCUACGACGAGCUUGCGCACUUCAUCGACAAAUUCGGCUCGAGAUUAACGGGUACGCAAAACUUGGAAGACGCCAUAGACUAUCUUCUAGAGUUGAUGCGAAAAAACGACUUGGAAAACGUCAACGGGGAAGAAGUGACAGUAACUCGUUGGAAUAGGCUACUGGAGGCUGGGGAGUUAACCGAACCUAGAUCCAAGAGUAUCGCCUUAACGGCAUUGGGUAGCUCCGUAAGCACCCCCGUCGGAGGUCUGGAAGCCGAGGUGGCUGUAGUUCGGUCUUUCGCAGAGUUGGACCGUGGCAAUUUUACCGGGAAAAUCGUUGUUAUCAAUCAGGAGUUCAAUGGCUACGACCACGACUACAUGUACAGAAGCAACGGGGCUACGGAAGCGUCGAAGAAAGGGGCCGUGGCUGCGUUGGUUAGAGCUCUCACCCCGUUCUCCAUGUACGGCUUGUAUACGGGCCAGCAGACUUACCGAAACAAUGUUACGAAAAUUCCUGCGGCGUCUAUCACGAAGGAAGACGCUCAGAUGAUGCAAAGAAUGCAGGACCGAGGAGAACGGAUUGUUAUGAGGCUGCAAAUCAGCACCGAGUCUUUAGACAACUCCACAUCUAGAAAUGCCGUGGGAGAAGUAGUGGGUCUCACAGAACCGAAUAAGGUAGUCGUCGUGUCCGCCCACACCGAUAGCUGGGACGUCGGCUUAGGAGCGAUGGACGACGGUGGCGGCGUUUUCAUGUCUGUGUAUUCUUUGGUGGUAUUGAAAGCGUUAGGGCUCAGACCCAGGCGAACUUUGAGAACGAUACUCUUCACCGGCGAGGAGCAGUGCUACUGCGGCGUGAACGACUACAACGAGGCGCACCUGGACGAACUAGAUGAUUUCGUGUUCGUAAUGGAGUCCGACGAAGGCACUUGGAACCCGCUAGGGUUGUCUUACACGGCAGGUACAAGAGGUGGAUGCGUACUGCAAGAAAUUCUAAAGCUACUGGCACCGCUGAAUGCUACCAAGGCGGUACGCGUGGACAACGUGGGUUCCGACAUCUCCCUGUGGACGAAAUCUCUGCUCCCGGGUGCGAGCUUGUUGAACGAGAACGAUAGGUGGUACUGGUUCCAGCACAACGAAGCCGACACGAUGGACGUGAUGGAUAGGGACGCGAUGGACAAGGCGACGGCGGUUUGGACGUCCGUAGCCUACGUCAUUGCUGAUCUGCGCUUGGAGUUUCCCAAAGAACGAGACUGACCAAAUAAGUAAAAUAUUAUCCGUAACUCGAAAAACUAUAUAUGAAUAAAAAAUAUUUUGCGCUCUAUUUGGAGUUGGUGAAUU